AUGCUCACAUAUACUUUAUUCACGAUCUUGGUCGCCGUGCCAGUGGUCCACGCAGGGGGCUGGGAUGACUUUUCGAACAAUCUCGCGACCGACCUCGCGCCAUUUCUAUCCCUCUUUGGUGAACAAAUCACGAAGCAGUACCUAAGUGAGAGCGUCAAUGCAAUUGAUUACUUCAUUUUUGCCAUGGCCCCGAUGGGCAUCUUGACAGGGGUCGUCUCUGCAAUUCGAGUGUGUGGAACCCCGUCACUGCGCGCCUUCAUCGGCAGAGCUCAAGAAGGAGCGGGAAACGCGGAGGCAGAGCUGUGUACCUCGACAAGCCGCGAUGUAUGUGAGCUCUAUAAUAGUGGUGGUAUCGCGCGCGUCUUUGGUCGUCCAAAAAUUCUCGAGGUUGUCCACGACCCAGAUCAUGAUUUCAGCAAUCCGCAAGACGACACAGCCGGUAUAUACACGUUUCAGCAAUACCUUGAACAAGAUAAAGGCCAGGCUCUAUGGCGAAAAGAAACACCUACGAACAGCAUCGCACUAUGGAAAAACAAAGUCAUGGCGCUGUGGAGAACGAAUACAGCAGUCGAGGACACUGAGUCAGCUCCUAGACCGCCCGGGCCCGAUGUAUCGCAUAUACCCUUUACGACAUUUGCUCCGAAUCUCUCUCUCAACAUUGGGAUCAAGAAACAGUCGAAGCAUGUCUUCUACGCAAUCGCUCUUCUUGGCCUAUGUCUGCAAGUCGGCGUCUUGGUUUUUGCCGGCUUUGCGACGUAUUACCUGAAAUGGGGUAACGAUGACAAGCCCCCAGAGUCUUAUGCAUGUCCGCUUGUGAUCAUCGGGACUGUUCUGGUCUGUGGCGGAAUGUUUCAUUGCGCAUUUCUAAUUGGUCAGAGCACCGAGGAGGAUGUCUGGCGCCGGCAAGAAAUUGUCACUGACAAAUCAUCUAUGUAUUGGAUACAGCCCGGUGGUCAAAUUAUCGGCGAUCAAACCUUUGAUGCCUUCUCACACACGGACUAUGACAAGAAGCUCAAGAAAUACAUGACUUCCAAGAAAAAGAACGUAUCCCAGGAAUCGAAGCUUGGCAUUUGGGUAGCCAUUGGGACUACGAUCUCUGGCUUUGUCUUACAAUUUACUGGCCUGAGAGGUAUACAUUCAGCGGUCUCCGUCGCUCAGUUGGGAGUCAUUCUGGUUAUGAGCAUAGCUCGAGCUAUGCUCCGUAUGCAGCGACUGGAGCCAAAGGAUAAUUGCUUCGCCACAUUUCCGGACGAGGUCGUUGGCCACGAACUCGACUGGCUCGCCUUGCGCAUUGGCCGUGAUGUUUUUGGAGAAGACGUCGUCAACCCGGAUCUAGCGUCAUUAGGAUCAUCGUCUUCCACUUCGUCAUCCAAAGAGCCAUCGUCUACUCUGUUAAGCCUCGGUGAUCAAGAUCAGCACUUCUGGAGACUCUGUGGUGCAUCUGGGACGAAGUCUGGGACCAAAAGAAUGAGUAUCGAGCACCCGUCUCCUAGCAAUCGUUGGAAUGCUGCUGCUAUAUUACUAGCAUAUCGAACCCGACUUGCGUCGCUCACGGAUUCAUCUGCGUCUUCUACCGCUCCCGCCAUGGAAUUCAAGAGUGAAAUGGUGGAGGUCCGAAAUGAGAGUCGACAGAUAGCUGCGCUGAUUGAGGCUACCAUCAAAACAAUUCUCUCAAAGGCGGCUAAGAUUAAGAAUGAGUGGGAGACAGCCUCAUCUAUGUUCUGGGGCAUCGAUUGUGCUCUUGGCAAACAAACCAACCAACCUUCGACACCCAAGGAGCACACAAUCUAUCUGGAAUUCAUCCAAGAUCCCUCCGCUCCAGGAAGUCCCUGGGUACUUAAAAACAAACGAGAGCUAGAAGGUAUCCUCGGUCUAUGGGUCUGGUCGUUGAAGUCUGAUCCGAGGAUAGAGACAGUGGACCAAUGGACUAAUUUCAGAAGAUCUGUGGCGAGUGAUAUUAGGGCACGACGUAUCAUUCCAACCGAUCAGGUCAUGAAAUCGGACUUAGAGAUAUGGCUUGGCGACGACAUGAAAGCCAUCACGAAAUCCGCUCUACACUCUCAGUCCACUGGCCUGCACGACGCGAGUACUGUAUGGACAAUGUCGACAGAUCCGGGGGUAACGAAUUUGUAUCCAAUCAUCCAGCUUGCACCAGAUGUCAAGGUACCGGGUGCAAAGCUUCUUCCACCACUUCGGUUCUUUGGUUGGAAAACUGCGAAUUUGUCGCAGAGUCAAGACUUCAAGGGAUUCAACCUUUGGUCCGCCCCAAUGACUGGUUCGCUUGUGACAUCCUGUGCCCAGGAAGUUUUUGCAUCAUUUCUCGCAGGCAUUCUUGACAUUGUGGACAAUUUUGGGCCUGUUCAUGUUGAGGAAAAUGAAUCGAUUACGCUUGAGAACAGCCUGGUGUCUGAGAUUGUUACACUUUUCACGGAGAUGCGAUUGGGCUCAAAGCUGGAAGCUUUACUUUGUGUGGUGCCGUUAGUGUUACCUCGACUCGAGAUGCCCUCUGCAGCGAGUGCCUUGGCAGCAGCAAAGAGAAGCCCAGAUCAGCAUCGAGAACGCAAGAAUUGGAAGAAGGCAGAAAAGGUGCUCCAAUGGGCAUGGAAUAUCUGCAGGCAACACCAGCAUUCUUGUACAAACGUGAUUGAUGAAAACGAAGAUCACGGACCGAGCUCGGAAGAGACACUCGCUAAGCAAGCGACAAUUGCUCUAUGCGAGCUAUACCGGUGGGCCUUGAUAGAAGAGGCCUCGAGGGAAUUUGGUAAGAACGGAAUCUCCAGGCUCGAGGAGCGGAAAUGUGACCAAUCGGUAUCCGCGCGCGAAGUUAUUGAUCGCUACUUCCUUGUUGCGAAUGAGAUUGCACAACAUCAGGCUAGCGAUGCUGACCUCGCCAACAUGAAACCGAACUGCUUGAAAUCUGCACUGCUGUUUGUCACCCAUCCAGCAUCCGAGACAGAAAGAGAACAAAAAGGAAAAGCCCUUUGUUCAGCGGCGGAAUAUGGAUGGGUGGAGGUGGCACUUGCGUUGCUCGAAUUAGGUGGCGAACCGGACUUUCGAGACACAAAUGGCAGAACACCCUUGUCACACGCGGCAGAAUGUGGAAAUAUCACCAUUGUCGGAGACUUGAUGAAAUGGGGAAGUUUUCCAAACUCGGAGGAUCAUCAUCAAAGGACACCAUUGUCAUAUGCCUCAGGAGCAGGUUGUUAUGAAGUAGUUAAGCUGUUGCUCAGAGAUGCUCGUGUUCCCCCAGACCAAAGAGAUGCUCAGCAACGAACGCCGUUAUCAUGUGCGGCAGAGAACGGCCAUGAACCUGUUGUUAAAUGGCUUCUUGAAACCGGUAAAGUCGAGCCAGACAUGAAGGAUAUAAAUGGACAGACACCGCUAUCAUGGGCGGUACAGAACGGCCAUGACGCCAUUGUCAAAGGGCUUCUCGAGUCUGGUCAGGUCAAUGUAGACACGAGUUUACUAUGGAAGGGGGCACAGAAAGGCAAUGACGCUGUUGUCAAAUGGCUUCUCGAGAUUGGCAAAGUCGAACCAGACAUAAAGGAUACGAGUGGACGAACAGCGCUAUCAUAUGCGGCAGAGAACGGCUAUGACACCGUUGUCAAACGGCUUCUCGAGACCGGCAAAGUCGAGCCAGACACAAAGCAUAUACAUGGACGGAAACUACUAUCAUAUGCAGCAGAGAACGUCUAUGACGCCGUUGUCAAACGGCUUCUCGACUCUGGUCAGGUUAACGUAGACACGAGUUCACUAUGGAAAGCGGCACAGAAAGGCAAUGUCGCUGUUGUUAAAUGGCUUCUCGAGACCGGCAAAGUCGAACCAGACAUAGAGAGUACUUAUGGACGGACAGCGUUAUCACAUACGGCACACAAAGGCCAUGACGCCGUUGUCAAAUGGCUUCUCGAAACCGGCAAAGUCGAGCUAGACAUAGAGAAUACUUAUGGACGGACACCGCUAUCAUAUGCGGCAGCGACCGGCUAUGACGCCGUUGUUAAACGGCUUCUCGAGACCGGUAAAGUCGAGCCAGACAUAAAGGAUACGUUUAGACGGACACCGCUAUCAUAUGCGGCAGCGAACGGCCAUAACGCCGUUGUUAAACGGCUUCUCGAGACCGGUAAAGUUAAGCCAGACAUGAUGGAUACAAGUGGACGGACACCGCUAUCAUAUGCGGCAGCGAACGGCCAUGACGCCGUUGUUAAACGGCUUCUCAAGACUGGCAAAGUCGAGCCAGACAGAGAGGAUAUGCAUAGACGGACAGCGCUCUCAUAUGCGGCAGAGAGCGGCCAUGACACCGUUGUCAAAUGGCUUCUCGAGACCGGCAAAGUCGAGCGAGACACAAAGGAUACGAGAGGAUGGACACCGCUAUCAUGGGCGACAGAGAACGGCCAUGACACCGUUGUCAAACGGCUUCUCGAAACUGGUCAGGUCAAAUAG